AUGUGGAAAAAUAGAGGUCGGACCAGUAGAAAGAGAAGAAGAAAACAAUUUAGUAGUUGGCCUUCAAAUGGAGUAAACCAGAGUCACAUACUGGAAUAUAUACAACUUAGGAAGUGGCUGAAAGAGAGGGGGUUUGAUGACCGUAAUUUAAGACCAGCACAGUUUUCAGAUACGGGAAGAGGCCUAAUGACCACAAAAGCCUUUCAGGCAGGGGAAGUGAUUAUUUCGUUGCCAGAGAAAUGCUUGCUCACCACUGGUACUGUCCUUAGUAGCUACCUUGGCGAAAACAUUGCAAAGUGGAAGCCUCCCAUAUCUCCUUUGAUAGCACUGUGCACAUUUUUAAUAGCAGAGAAAUAUGCUGGUGAGCAAUCUGUGUGGAAGCCUUAUCUUGAUAUUUUACCAAAGACCUAUACGUGCCCUGUUUGUUUGGAUCAAGAAGUAGUGAGACUUCUUCCUGAGCCCUUAAGAAGGAAGGCUCAGGAGCAAAGAACAGUGGUCCAGGAACUGUAUACCUCUUCCAAGUCUUUUUUCUCUUCUCUGCAGUCUUGGUUUACUGAGAAUGUAGAAACUGUUUUUAACUACGAUGCCCUGCAGUGGGCUUGGUGCACCAUUAAUACUAGAACAGUGUACAUGAAGCAUUCACAGAGGGAAUGUUUCUCUAGAGAACCAGAUGUUUAUGCACUAGCGCCUUAUUUAGAUCUGCUAAACCACAGUCCAAAUGUUCAGGUAAAAGCUGCAUUUAAUGAGCAGACGAGAUGUUAUGAAAUCAGGACAGAGUCACAUUGCAGAAGACAUGAAGAACUGUUUAUCUGUUACGGCCCUCAUGAUAACCAGCGACUUCUGCUAGAAUAUGGAUUCGUUGCCAUCAACAACCCACAGAGUGGGGUUUAUGUCUCAGCAGAUAUCCUUCUUAAACAUCUCUUUUCAGCAGACAAGCAGAGAAAUAUGAAACUUUCCAUUCUAAAGGAUCAUAACUUGUUAGAAAAUUUGACGUUUGGAAGGGAUGGGCCAUCAUGGAGACUCCUCACAGCUCUCAAGUUGUUAUGUCUUGGAGCAGAUGAAUUUACCUACUGGAAGAAAGUGCUGCUUGGUGAUAUAAUUUCAGCCAGAAAUGAAGAAAGGAGUUUGAACAUAGCGGCAAAAAUAUGCUUUUCUUUAAUAGAGGAGACACAGCACGUCCUUCAUCAGAUUUCCCAAAUGAAAAAGGACAAGGUGAACCUUGAAAACCAGCUGGCUUUGGUAGAAGUACUGCGCCUGGAAGAUCUGACGAUCCUGCAAACAUCAGCAGAAAUUCUGUACAACUUGCACACUGCAAUAACUUGA